UCCUCCCCAGCUCGGUGUAAUUAACAGCUUCUUGCUCAUUGUUUCGGUUUAAAACGAAAGCAGGCCCACAGCGUCAAACAGGCGUUCAUUAAGAGCAGAUGCGCAGCUCCUCUGAGGCUCGCUCAGAAAGGUGCGCAGGGAUAGAAGUUCUCCUGGCUUUUCCUUCGUGUAUAUUUGCAUGAGUCUGAACAUCUGAGCGCUUUUCUGAUCAGAGACAAAAAGGGAAACAGGGCAAUGGUUUGAUUUGAUCGUCGCCCGUUUCCUCCCUUUAGAUAUUGGAGUUUCUCACUUUGGUUUGUCUGAUAUAAUUAGUUUUUUUUUUUUUCCUCUGGACGUGGCCAAAGUUGCGCUGUCACCUGAACCUGGUUCAGUUGAUGCCGAGUCUUAUUACAAUGAGCGUUGACCACCAGUCGGUUGCCGCAGCGCCGCUGGAUCUGAGCACCACAGCUCGAGGGCGCAGGAGCGCGGGGGACUUAACCUUUUGCGCCGGGGACGCCCGCGCGACCGGCGGCUCACCUGCGCCUCCUGCGAGCACCGGGACGGACAGUUCAGCGGUUCGCCGCUCCCCGGACGCGAAAAGCACUCUGCUCGGCAAACGAGCAGCGGACUCAUCUCCCACAAAGACUCCAUCGAAGCUUCCUUUUAGGAAGCGCACGUUUCACGUCGAACCGGAGGUCCAGAAGCCGGCUGCGCCGAUUUCAGAGGCGAGCUCACCCUGCUCUUCCCCCGCAGAGGAGCAGAAAGUCCGGAAGAGUGCGGAUAGUCGCUUGGAGAGAGCAGCGGAUGAAAGCAGGUUCGCCGUUGCGCCGGUGACCCACAGGCGGACCGACCAAGUAGCUCCCAGUCCGGAAGGCUAUUCCUGCUGCAUUUUGCCCAUUAUUAAUUACGGUCACUACCCAGUGUGCCUGACCCCCUUUCCAGAGCCACAUCACACGCGAGUCCAUCAGACUGACAACCUGCUGGCAGGAAUUUCUCUGGCCACACGUCAGGAUGAAGACGGAGACACUGCCCUCCAUAUAGCUGUGGUUCAAGGGGAACUGCCCAUCGUCCACAAACUCAUCUUGUUGGGGUUGGCUCGAAGAGGCCUCGAUAUCUACAACAAUCUUCGUCAGACUCCUCUUCAUCUGGCAGUGAUAACCAAGCAAGCAAACAUGGUGGACGUUUUGUUGAGAGCAGGGGCCGACCCUGCUGUCUUGGACCGUCACGGCCAAACAGCACUCCAUCUCUGCUGUGAAUAUCAGCUGCUCGAAUGCCUACCUGUACUACUGUCUUUCUCCUCAUCUUCACCCUGCCUGGAAAUCAGAAACUUUGAAGGUCUGAGUCCUCUUCAUUUGGCUGUGCUGCAAGGCCAUAAAAAUUUGGCAAAAAUGCUGCUGGAUGCAGGAGCAGACAUCAACGCGAUGGACAUUAAGAGUGGCCAGAGUCCUCUUAUGCAUGCUGUGGAAAGCAAUAAUGCAGAUAUGGUGCACUUCCUCAUUGAGAAUGGCUGUGACGUCAACAGCCAGUCGUACAGCGGGAACACGGCCCUGCACAUCGCCUGUGGCCGAGGUCAAGUGGAUACCGUCCGGCUGCUGCUGAAGAGCGGAGCAGACAGUAGUCUCAAGAACUACCACAAUGAUACGCCAGUGAUGGUGGCCAAGAAUAACAAAAUAACAGAUGUGUUACGAGGAAGAGGAUCCAAGCAGAUCAGAGUUCAAGAGCAGCCUUGUGUGUCGGUGUCACCGCAUCAAGAGUUGCUAUAUGGAAAAUGGAUCCCCUUCUUCAAACCACAGUCGUGGAUCUUCACCUCCAACUACGCCACACAACUUCCUUUCUAGUGCUUCCAUCCCCUAAAGACUUCGUCUGCACUAUUUCUAGCUCAGUGCAAUAUUUCCAGUGGAUCUCACAACUACCUCCACACAGUUAAUCA